AUGUCCAACGAUGCUGCUGCUGUGGCUGUUGCUUCGCCCGUGAAGAAGGCCUCACCCCGGAAGGCUUCCCCGAAGAAGUCGGCUGCGAAGAAGACCGUUAAGAGGACUGCUCCAAGGAAGGUGACCAAGAAGCCAGCCACCAAGAAGCCAGCUACCAAGAAUCCAGCCACCAAGAAGCCAGCUACCAAGAAGCCAGCUACCAAGAAGCCAUCUGCAAAGAAACCGGCCACCAAGAAGGCGGCGGCGAAGAAGCCCGUGGCGAAGAAGGCGGCCAGGAAGGCUCCCAGGAAGGCAGUGAAGAAGGCGCCAAAGAAGAAGUAG